UUUUAUUUAGCUAUACUAUUAACAAUGAUAUGUGGGCACAAAAAUAUUAACGAUGUAUAAAUUGUGUUAGAUUUUUAAAGAGACUUCAAAAGGUGUGUAGUUGCCCAUGACGAGCGUAUCACAAUUCACAAGAGUAAGAGGUUUUUCUUUCACCAUUGGAGCUGGACAGACACCAAGUCAGUCUCAUUGCAUAACCAAUCAACGAGUCAACAAGUUAACAUGCUCACUGUGUUCUGUAAUUUUUAAAUUAAAUAUUUAUUCAUUUUUUUUUUUAUAAUCAAUUGAUAAAGUAAUUUUUUUUUUUAAAAAAACAAAAUAAAAUUAAACAAUCAAGUGAAAGUAGAAAAAAAAAAAAAUUGUGAUAUUUAUUUUUGACUCAGCUUAUCAACGUGGAUCUCAUAAAAAGGAAGAAAUACAGGAAAAUAAAAUAACUAAUAAAUUAUGCAGUUAAAGUAUAUUGAUUAUUACAACAGAAAAAUAUGAACAAAUUAUAAUUAUAAUCAACAAUUACUGCACCUUUGAACGUACACUUAUCUUUGAAUAAUCAAGUGGGGGAAAUUUACUUUGCAAUUUUUAUUAUUAUUUAUAAAAACACGAUAGACAUUAAAAUUCAGUUUUAAUAUAACCACACAGUUGACUUGUCAAAAACAAUAAUAAUAAUCAUUUUUAAUGUCGAAAAUUGAUACUGAAAUUUUGCAAGUGAAGGAGAAUUACAAUGGAAAUAACGACGGGACAAUUAAUUUGGACAAUGAAAAAAUUGAAGGAAAAAAAAAAAUUGAACAAGACAAUGGUGAUUUAGAAAAAAUGUUGGAGUCAAUGUUAUUGAGAGGUCGUGAUGAAAAAUCAGAUAAUAAUUUGGGUGAUACAAUGUAUGAAUCUAAAGAAAAAUUAACAAAAUUAAAUGAUGAUAUUAGUGAUAAUGAAGAGGAAGAAUGUGACUUGGAUCUUGAAGAGCCACCACCUCCAGAAGUCAUGGAGUAUGCCAAACAAGAACUCGGCGAAUCGGAUGAGGUCAAGUGUCAGACACUCCAAGACCUCCGUGACAUGAUAUACGAAAGAGGUGAGUGUGACCCACAUCGAAUGGACGAUGCUUUUCUCAUUAGAUUUCUACGUGCUCGAAGUUUCAAUGUACAUCGUGCCCAUCGAUUGGUUGUAAGAUACUGCGAUUUUAAGGAACAAAAUCCAUCAAUACAUGAAAAUGUUGAUCCACUUAAAAUGCGUCAUAUUGGUGAUGAUGAUGUGGUAACAGUACCAGCAUAUAGAACUCAAUGUGGACGAAGAAUGAUGAUUUAUCGUAUUGGAAAUUGGGAUCCUAAAAAAUAUAGCCUUGAAGAAAUAUUUAAAGCAACUGUUAUUAUUUUGGAGCUUGGUGUUUUAGAACCACGAGCACAAAUACUUGGUGGUAUUGUUUUAUUUGACCUUCAAAAUAUAACAAUGGCACAUGCAUGGUCAAUCACACCACAGAUUGCCAGUAUGGUAAUGGCAUUAAUGGUAACAUCAUUUCCAAUGAAAACUCAUGCAAUUCAUAUUAUUCAUCAAUCCUGGAUAUUUGAUAUAAUAUAUUCAAUGUUCAAACCAUUGUUGAAUAAAAAAAUGCAAGAUCGUGUGUAUUUUCAUGGUGAUGAUAUGUCAAGUUUACACGCUCAUAUUUCUCCGGAAUAUUUACCGAAAAAAUAUGGUGGAAUUAAUGAAGAAUUACCGUACUAUAAAUGGAUUGACUCGUUGAGUCAAAAGCCAAAAAUUGUCAAAGAAAUGUAUCAAGUUGGAUAUAUUGUACAAGAAGAGAUGUUGAAAAUGGCACUUGCACAAUAAUUUUAAUUAUUCUCUAUCAAUAUAUUUUUAUAGCUUUUUUUUUUUUAGUAAAAUAUUGAUUAAACAAUAUAAAAUAAAUACCUUUUUUUACAUCAACUCAAAAAAAAAAGCUUGUAUUUUAUUUUUAGAUGUUUUUUUUUUAACCGUUAGAUGAAAAAAAAAUUUUAUUCUGUGAUGUUUCAAUCAAGGGUCUAUCUUUGGCCUUUGACAUUGUGCUGGCAUUCCAGUUCGUUGAUCAUCGAUCCAAUAUUUAGCUUCAAUUAUUCUAUUUAUCGAAGAAAAUUUUAGCCGGAAAUUAAAAAUGUAUGGCUAUAUUUACGCUAAUUAUAUUUUCACGAUUAACGAGCUAGUAAUUAUUAAUUUUCAACGAGUAUAUGCUUUCAAUUUUACAAUUGAGUAUUAUCAAUUAUUUGAUUAAAAAAAAAAAGACAGGCUUUGUAUUUAUUUCUUCAUUAUAUUUUGUUGUAAACAAAAGCCUUUUGAGUAGCUGGUUUUAGACUGAUUAAUAUUUUAUUUUUUUUCAAACGUUAACUAAUCUCUACUAAUCUCUCUUUUCAAAGAAAUAAAAAGCUUGAAUUU